CGUCAGCCAAUGUGUUCAAAAAUACAUUCAAUGACAGACACAGCCAGCCUCGUUUUUAUUAUCCGCUCCCUUAUUGGAAACCCUUUGCUGCUGACAAGGCCUUUUUUUGGCAGCAAAACCCUCAUUUCCUUUAGCGCUGAACCCUUAAGAGGCUCAUCCGUUUGCUCGGCCGCCUUUCAUUCCCCCCUCCAUUCGAUGGUACUCUCAUUCCCCUGCCUGCACAAAUCCUCUCGUUCAUCUCCUCCCCCCUCUCCACUAGUCUCCCUCUCUAUCUCUCUUUCUCUCUCUUCCCCGCCUCCUCUUUAGCCUGCUGCUAUCUGAUCUACGAUAUGUGAUCUCUCGGAUAAAACAACACACUUCCAAGCCACGCACGCACGCUCCAUCUCUUCAACACACGGGUACUGCUACUGAACAGCGGCGGCGACGAAAAAUGCCGUUCUCCUAGCAGCAGGAGCUUCCCCCCACUUGGCUUGUGCCUGACGAUGUGGCCAUGUCCUUCGCUCUGCUGCCUACCUCCUUUGCUCUUUCUCUGCCUGCUCUUCUUACCCUCGGGGCACCUCUGCCCCUCCGUCUGUAGCUGCAUGGACUACCACACCAUCGACUGCCGGGACCAAGGGCUUCCCCGAGUCCCCAGCCCGUUCCCGCUGGACGUGCGGAAACUUCUCAUUGCCAACAACAACAUCCAGGAGAUCCCAGGAGACUUCUUCAUCUUCUACAGCGACCUGGUCUACCUGGACUUCAGGAACAACUCCAUCGCCACCCUGCAGGACGGCACCUUCAGCAGCUCCAGCAAGCUGGUCUACUUGGAUUUGAGCUACAACAACUUGACGCAGCUGGAUGCAGGCAUCUUCAAGUCGGCGGAGAAGUUGAUCAAGCUGAGCCUGGGGAACAAUAACCUGGCUGAGGUGGAUGAGGCCGCUUUUGAGAGCCUGAAGCAGCUCCAGGUCCUGGAGCUGAACGACAACAACUUGCAGACAUUGAAUGUGGCCACCUUUGACGCGUUGCCCAACCUCCGGACCAUCCGCUUGGAGGGCAACCCUUGGCUUUGCGAUUGUGACUUUGCCAGCCUCUUCAGCUGGCUGGAGGCUAAUGCGCCCAAGCUCCAGAAAGGUCUCGAUGAAAUCCAGUGUACUGUCCCUGUGGAAGACAUCACCGUCUUUCUCAGUGAAUUAUCAGAGGCCAGUUUCAGGGACUGCAAAUUUAGUUUGUCACUCACAGACCUUAUAAUCAUAAUCUUCUCUGGCGUCGCUGUCUCCAUCGCUGCUAUCGUGUCAAGCUUCGUUUUGGCGCUGAUUGUGAACUGCUUCCAAAGAUGUGCACCCAGUAAGGAUGAUGAUGAAGAUGAAGAUGAUGAUGACUGAACCCCCUUCUCUUGGCAUGUUACGGAAUAAGUCCAAAGACCAGGGUAGGAAGAGACAACAACCAUUUAAAAGUGCAUCGCCACUAAACAAAUGUCUAAGGGCUCAGUACUCCUAUCAAAGUCUCAAUGGUGUUUCCCCAUUUAUAUAACCCUGGGAAAUGCUUUACGUUUUAUGGAACCUUUCCUAGUUAGGUCUCUUGAUCCAAUCCAGAGUUUAAAAUUAAUCUUAAAAUAGAUUCACUAGGAGGGAAGAAAAUGAAGAAGAUCGCCAAUAUUGGAGAAGGCUAGGAUUUCGUUCUGGCCUCUCUCUCUCUCUCUGGGUUUUAUUUUUUAAUAGUCUUUUUUUUAGAAUUUUUUCACAAUGUUUUUAAAGGAAUAAAGACAGCCAUCUGUUGGAGAUGUUCCAGUUCUGGAUUUCCUGCAUCAAACAGUUAGCCCUGAUGACCUUCAAAGGAUCCUCUAGCUCUGAGUUUCUAUCAUUCUAUGAUUAUGUGAGAUGCAAUUUCAGAUAGCAGAGUUAUUUCGAUUAACAGAUGAGCAGCAAGGAAGAGAAGUAAAACAUUAUUAGCCCAGCUGCACUGUAAAUCACAGUGUGUUCCUGGUAUGGAAGGAAGCCUUCUUAUGGAUACCUGCAUCAUUGUUCUCAUGAAGUUUAUUUCCUCCACCUGUUUCAAAAUUUACACGUGUAUCAAAGUGUUUCAUCCCUUGGUGUCUGAAGAAACAUUAAGCGCUGCUGACCCUGUAGAAUCACAGAAAGGAAAAGCAUGUUUUCUUGGCUUUGGGGCACCCGACCUCUUGUUUGCAACAAGAUCACAUUUGGGAUGCAUUUGGACAAACAACAGAAAGUCUUGCUGGGCUUGGGGCUCGUCCACACUUCUGCUUGUCCUGUACCUAGAAAGCACGGGUCCAAGUAAUUUUCUGCUUGAACCACAAUUUCUAGGCAUGGGUCUGAGUGGUUUUCCUCUUGCCCCACUCCUUUCCCAGGAAAGCCUGCUUUUCACUGCUCAAUCAGAGCAAAUGUCAAUCCAGAGAAAACCUGAAUUGCUGUUUGCUCCGAUUGAGCACUAAAGAGUUGUUCCCCCCAAGGGGAAGCAGUGGGACAAGAGGAAGUGUGGAAUGAGCCCACUAAAUCAAUCUCUCUUCACAGGGAAAGCUGGAACUUGUAGCUCUGGGAGGAGAACAGGGUUCCCCUAAUGACCCUCAGCGCAGUUAAUGAACUACAGCUCCCACAAUUCUUUGGCGGGAGCUAUGAUAGCUUAAC